AUGACAGACGCAGGGCGGCGCUCUACUCACGCGCGUCGUUCGGGAGCCUUCAAUGACCAAGAUGUCACUGAUCUUUUUAACCACUACAACCAGAACAACAACAACAACAGCAACAACAGCAACAACAAUAAUAAUAACCUGCAACCCCCCGCCCGCAGCUUACGCUCUGCCAACUCGCGCUACUCGCUCAACGAACAGUUUGCAGCCACUCGGAGGGAAUAUGAGUUUGGAUUCGACGAUUCUGCCUCUUCCUUUAUGGACCUCAGCAUAUACGGUCCACAAAGCCAGGGCCACGAUGUAGAUGGAUCCGAAGGUGCCAAGGAGCUUCACGUCAGCCGGGACCAUUUCGAGCUGCUCUGUGUCCCUCGACAUGCGCCUACCAGGGAGCAGGUCCGCCGCGCAUACUUUCGCCUCUUUAGGCUGCUCGACUCAGAGUCGCAGCCAAAGCAGAUGCGGGCCGUUGCUGCCGUCUACAUGGCUGACGUUCAGGAUGCAUUUGAAACUCUGGUGGAGGAUGCAAGACGGGAGAGGUAUCUGGAGGAUCUGCUGGUUGAGGAGAAUAGUCAGGAAAGUGACGAGGCCGACGAGAUACAGACCGAUACGGUGGCCGGGCCAAGACAGCAUUCCAUCUUACCAGUGCCCUUCCCAUCCUCCACAGACCUUGGCGUCAGGUUCGUUGCAGAGAAAGGUCAGACUUCAUCUCGGCAGCCUGGGUCAGCCCAGAAACUGCCUUCAGUCACGCCGCUGGACUUUUGCAUUGGCCACUCAACAUCGCUGCCCUUACCAACGCUGGGCCGUCUCCUAGCCAUUGGUGUCCAUCGUAUACAAGCCGCCGCUCGCUCCGAGUCCUUGAAAGUCACGGAUCAAGAAAAGCCACCUGAAAUCGCCCCGAUACUCAGGACAGCCCCUGUACUCACGCUCACGGCCGCAUCAUAUGGCCUCGCUCGUGAUUUUACCACCGUGCCUCCUGCACUGCUCACCGACCGCUAUCAACCACUCCUCCCAGAAGCCCUCCCACGGCACCGCAUGGCCCAGCUUCUCGGGAAUCGACCCUCACCACUGGUCAGCUUGCGCCUCAGGCAAGACCUCUUCUUAGACAAGGGCGUCAACAACAGCGGACCGAGUGCUGUCGUAGAGCUGGAGUCCGAAAUAUUUCCUCAGCCAGCCUUGACGGGACGCUUUGCACGCACCAUCCAACCCCCUGGUCAUGCACAGCCGCUCGAUCUGGAGUUGAUGGUCAGCACCACGCCGACGGCUUUUUCACCGCGCCCACCCAGGGCAGGCGUCGGACUGUCGAGGAGACUUGGAUCCGGGACCGGGUUCUUGUGCGCGGACAGCGGCGAUUUCUUUUGGCCGUCUCAAGUCAGAGCCAUCGAUGAGGCUACCACCUGCGCUGGAUUCCCGCAGUUUUCAAAGGAGCACCUCAAUGGAAAAUCCCUCUUGUCCUCCAUCAUCUCCCCGCUGCUGUUUCUGCGCACAGAGCCCACCGUGGAGGUUGGUUAUACGAGCCUUGCAGCUGGUAAUCUAGGCCUCCUGGGAGCAACAGGUAGACCAUUCCUGGCUCCCGCCGACAGAGGCAUCAAGGGUCUGGACAUGGAAACAAGCAAACCCAGCAUACGCAACAGAGGGUCGUGGGCAGUCUCGGCGGCCGCCAGCUCCGGUCAGGUCGCAGGUUAUCUCCGCUACGGACUGGACCUGGUCUCGGCCCUACCGAAGGCGGUCAGCUCUCGUCUCCCCUUCCGACCGAGCGCCUACCACGUCGAGGUCGAGCUCUGCACGGUCCGGUACCUCGCGAUCCGCGCCCUGCGCCGCACCUCGUCGCGCUCGAGCGUCGGCUUCGAGGUCGGCCUGUCGCCCGUGAGCCUCCACCUGAGUCUCUACUGGUCGCGCCUGGCCCAGCGCCUCAGGCUACCCAUCCUGCUACGCUCGGGCAGCAGCAGUAGCAGCAGCAGCAGCAACAACAGCGCUGCGUCGAGAACGGCGGUCCUCUGGGCAGUCGCUAUCCCCAUGUUCGCUCUCGCGGCGCUGGAUCUGGUCCGCAAGAAGCCGCAAAGGCGCAGCGUCAAUGCCGCAGCGGCCGACUCGGUUGCCCGUCGCCGCGCCGAGGCGGACGAGCUGACGGCCGUCUUGGCCACGGGCACCCAGGCCCGGCAGACGGCUGAGCGGAUUCGCGGCGGCCUGGUCAUACUGGCCGCAAAGUACGGAGUGCCGGGCUCGACAUAUUCGGGCAUGACCGUCUUCAACUCGGAAUUCGAGGUGGCCGACGUCACCAUCGCCGUUGCGGCCUUGGUCGUCGGUGCGGACCAGGAGGACGGGGCCGGGUCCCUGUACAUCCCUCAGGGUUUGCGUAAGAGCAGGCUCGUCGGGUUCUGGGAUCCGGCCCCUGGCCAGACAAAGGUGCUCCAGGUCAAAUAUGUCUACUGCGGCAAGGAGGGCAUCGUCGAGGUUCGUGGGAGGGAUGAGUUGAGGUUACCUCCUGUCGUAUUUGAUGAAAAAGGCAGUACACGCUGA